CCUCGUAUACUCAACUACUUCCCCCAAUAUAAACCAAAUCUAGUAGGUGACCAAUAUAAGGACUUCUACUAUAUCAAGCUAAUACUAAGCUAUAUAUAUCGUAAUCCCAAUAAGCUCAAGACUAUAGAUAACAUAGUCUUUAAGAAAUAUAGCGAAGCUUAUAUAUAUUGUCUCAAUAUCUACAAGCAUCCUAACAACUACUACAAUAAGGUCGUUGUUCCUAACCUAGACAAAGAGUUCAAAGAGGGUCUAAACAAGGAGCUAUAG